AUGCCAGGCAAUAAUCAUAAACAGAAGCCAUCCGAUCGACGCGAUUCGCUGAAACAACAACAACGAAAGAAUUCAGCCGGUGUGAAUGGAUUCAAUAGCGCAGAAGUUGUGCAGUUCUUAAACCAACGAUUUUCAGACACGUUGACAGCAUAUCACGACACAAAUGCCGAGGCAUCGACGAGACCGGUCAAGUAUGAGAGUCAGGAGAAGGCAUGGGGCGGCAAAGGAGGACUACCGUCAGUAUGGGGACAAAAGAAUGGUGCCAUGGCAACUGGAGCUGAUCUGUUCUCAGAAAUGCUGAAAACACCGCAUCAGCAACAACAGCAGCAGCAGUAG